AUGGAUAUUGAUUUAUCGGAUGUAAAAUCAAGUGAUACUGUACCAUUAACAGUACGAGAUCGAAAUUUCUUUACUCAUCUAAAUCGUUUUAUGAACGAUGAAUCUGCUAAAGCUGGUGAAACCGCUACAAAAGAACGCUUUGCAAUAUUUCGAUUAGCCUUCGAAAAAAUCAUUGAUAAAUCAUUUCUCUAUCGACCUUUAUUUCGAGCUAUAAAACAAGAAUACGAACAAUGUAUUGCUGUACUCGAAUCGGGUGCCGAAGAAGUCGACGCAAUGAGUGCUGAUUUGCAUCGUCUUGUUUUAGAACCAAAAACAUUUUUACUUCGACAAAAACGAUGCAUGGAAUUAGAAGAUAAACUUGCGAUUAUAGAACAAGAAAACAAACAACUUGAACAGGAGAUCGCUAAACUAUUAGCUCAAAAAAAAUCCAAUGAACCAGACUCAAUUAAAAAAACUGUUAGCGAUACUGAUACACUUCAACAACCGCAAACUGGUCAUCGACGUAUACCAGGUUUGACAUUUGCCGAAGAAACAGAUUUUAAAGCAUUGGAAAAAUAUCAUGAUUUUCUUCGAGAAAAACAUUUACGUCUUGAAGAAAAUGCUUCAACUAAAUAUACAAUAAAAGAAAAACGAACAGAAAUGCAAAGUUUAUUUGAACAAAAGCUAUCAGAUUUAGAUAAAGAAAGUGAACAGAGAUUAACAUUGCGUAAUCGUCUUCGUUUAUAUCAUCUUGCAUGGAGAAGUAUUAGAAAAUUUAUAGAAGAAAAACAAACAUCAUCGUCAAUGAGAAUGAAUUCAACUUUAUUGGAAGAUGUUGUAAUGAAUGCAAUUUACGAAUCAUCAAAUAUGUUUUCAAAAGGUAUACAGGACGACGAUGAUGAUCUUGAGGGUGGAUCAUUUUAUGAUAAAGAAGCAGGAAUGUUACUAGAUCAUAUUGAAAUUUUUAUGGAUAUGAUACAAAAAGGAAAUUAUAAAGAAGCAUCAUACAUAGCAGCAUGUAGUCCCAAAGGAGUAUUAAGAAAUAUGGAAACAUUAUUGAAAUUUAAAGCACUAAAGAAACCACUCAAUGAAGAAAUAAGUCCGUGGCUUUUUCAUUGUAAAGUAUUAGCUGAAACAGCUCUUGAAGCACAAUUUGUACCUGAUGCAAUCAUGUCAUUAGAAUGUGCUAAAGCAGCAUGCAGUGAAAAUCAACUUGAACUUCUGUAUAAAUGGAUAGCUGAAGAAAGAUUGACUUGUUCUUUUGAAAUGGCUGAACUUGUCGAACGAUCUAAUGCAUUAAAUUUAGCGGAAUUUAUCUAUCGUAAAGUUAAUGCUUAUUGUGAAGUUGCUUCAUGUCUUCUGCAAACAGAAUCGUCCAAACGAUGCUUGGAUUAUCUCACGUCGGUCGCGAAUUUGAUUCCAUCAUUGCCCGAUUUGCUCACUAAAUUGUUUGAUCAAUAUCCAUCUGUUAAAUUUGCUGUUGACAUUGUCAAUUAUACCCCGGAAAAAUAUUUGCAAGCGGAUGAAUUAGUGCUUCUUUUUCUUCAACUUGAUCAACAUGUAAAUGCAAUUCAAUUUGUUGAACAAUUAAUUCAAGAAAAAGGAAAAAACUGUGAAAAACAAGAAGCUGAAAAAUUGCAAACAUGUUUUGAUCUGUUAAAAAAAUAUUCCUAUUUAGCUGAUGAUAAAACAUCAUCAUCCUCAUCAUCAUCACCGAUAACAAAUGCAGAUGAACAUUCUAAUCCACUCGAAACAGAACAAGAAUUAGCUCAUCGUUUGACACGACGUAUUACACGUUCAGCUUUAGAACGAUUUCGACGUGCUCGUCGAUGUAGCAGCACUAAUAGUAUUACACUUGAACCUAUCCAAGAACAUCCGACACCAACAUCACCAACACCACCAUCACCAACACCACCAUCACCAACACCACCAUCACCGUCUGAACCUUCUUUAUGUCAUCAAGAUUUUUUUAAUGAUUUUCCAGGCAAACUAUAUUUUAGUGACGAUGUUGAAUUGAAAAAAGAUGAUUUGCAAGAAAUGCCAGAUGAAUAA